UUUGCCGCUGUCCCCUGCUUAUCCCCCUCCUCUCUCCUCGGCUUCGCCGUCUCCUCGGCAUUCCGUCGAACACCAUGGCGGCCGCGGCGGCGGCGGCGGCAACCCUCCUCCGCCUCCCUCUCGCCCGCCUCUCCUCCCACCUCCACUCCCUCCCUACCCAUCCCACCCCACCCCCUCGGCUCCGCAUCUACACCUCCGGCCGCCUCCUCUCCUCCCUCCUGGCUCCCAGCCUCGGCCCCACCGUCGUGGCCGUGGCCGAGGCGGUGGCUGCGUCGGAUGGAGAGGGGGUUGAAGAACAGGAGGAGGAGGUGCAGCAGGAGGGGACGGCGGAGGUGGAGGCGCGCCCCUCCUUCGUGCUCCCGCGGCUGCCGCGGCCGAAGCUGAGCGUGAAGGAGCGGAAGGAGCUGGCGUCGUACGCGCACGGACUCGGCAAGAGGCUCAAGUCGCAGCAGGUCGGCAAGGGCGGCGUCACGCCCUCCGUCGUCUCCGCCUUCAACGACAACCUCGAGUCCAACGAGCUCCUCAAGCUAAAAAUUCAUGGGAACUGCCCUGGAGAGCUACCUGACGUGAUACUACAACUUGAGGAGUCAACUGGAUCCAUUGCUGUUGACCAAAUCGGUCGAUCUGUUAUUCUAUAUCGUCCUAGCACCAGCAAGAUGAAAAAGAGAGAAGAAAGUGUCAGGAAUAGUACAAGAUUUGUAAGAUCAAAAGAAUCAUCAGAAGAAUAUCCUAGAAGCAGCACAAGUAAGGGAUUUGUAAAAUCUGGAGGAACCUUUAGGCCACAACAGAAGAGAAGACCAUUAGCAACCAAGGGAUCGUCGUAUGGGCAAGGAUAGAUGCCUCGUUAAAUCAUAUCUUUUUUUCUUCUGUUGCCUCGAGUUACAGAAGGAAGCAUGUAAACUUUAGACCAUCUAAUUUGAUUAUAGAUAUCAUAUUAGUGCUUACUUUGUUUUAUCAGACCAUGGUCCGACCAUAUACUGUACUUUUAGAGUAAUGCUCAUUUUAAGGUCCACUUGGAACCUGAAUACCUGAGAUAACCUGACUGAUGCACAACUGAUCUGCCCUAUUCCAGUAGGUUUGGUAAAACAUAUCCAACCUGACUGAUGUAAACACAUCCAACCUAGUUCAUACAGGUGGUCCUUCAAACCCCAACAAG